UGUGAAAGUGUCACUUUCUCUCUCUCCGCCACAACGUCCCGUGGUGUUUCUUUUCCUCAGCAGUUUUAUCUCCUGUUGGCUAAAGUGUGACAUCUCUCAGGUCAGUGAAGGGAAAAUCAUUUAUUUCCACCCCGUCGACGAGUGUGUGUGUGUAUGUGUGUCAGUCAGUGUGUGUGAGUGUGGAGAAAUCUAGGAAGUAACGUUAGCCUAACUUUUCGCUCAGGACGACGCGGAGACGUUAAUCCUCAAAUUUCUGAAAGAAACUGUGAUUUACAGGAGCAAUAACGUCGCGGAAGUGCUGGGAAAUUACCUUGAAUCAUUGGAAACGGUGAAUAAGCAGUUUGUUAGCUCACCUUUUUCUGGGAAGCUCAGGUGGAGAAACGUUUUUUUUCCCUAAGUUGUGUGAUUGGAGUUGGUGGAUGCAAGAGGUCUUCCCUCUGUCGUCGCUUUCAGGAGUAUUUCGACUUUUAAAGAUGAAAUGAGAGUUUAUCUUCGACAGUGGAUGCUGGCAGACAUUUGGGGCAGUGAGUUAUGCUGAAGCCUGCCUGUAUAUCUCCAUAUCAGUAUGAGCACUACAGAUGGAGCCGGGCCCUCUGAACAGGAUGGAGAGACCCGAGUUGUGCAGAUCUAUCCCAGGCUACCUCAGGACACAGCUACCUACUGUCCCCUGCAGAUCAGCGCCGGGGACACGGCAAGAGCAGUCAUUCACAAUGCAGUGGUCACUCUGGGCCUGGAUGCCACCAAGACGUACAGCCUGCUGGAGGUCAGGAAGAGUGGUGGAGAGGAGAAGUUGCUGGAGAAUGGGGACUGCCCUUUGGAGAGAGUCCUGCUGUGGCCGCAGGGGGCACAGAGGUGGCACCGUCAGAACCAAGGGUACUACUUCAUCCUGCAAGCCAACAAUGGAGUAGAAAGUGGCAGAGAGGAAUAUGAUGACCUCUGUAACCUGCAAAGUGUGACUGAAGAGAGUAUUCUGGAGGCUCUACGCCAGCGCUUCUACAGGCUCAAAAUCUACACGUACGCCAGCAACCUCCUCAUUGCCAUCAACCCCAAUAAAUUCCUGCCUCUUUACUACAAUCCCAAGUACGUCAAGAUGUACGAGAACCAGCCACUGGGCAAACUGAGCCCUCAUAUAUUUGCCAUAGCAGACGUGGCCUUUCGUGCUAUGCUGAACAGACAGGUCAACCAGUGUAUUGUGUUGUCUGGGGAGAGUGGCUCAGGGAAGACUGAAAGCAGCAGUUAUCUCAUCCACUGCCUGACCGCCCUCAGCCAGAAGACAUACUCCAGCGGGCUUGAACGGACCAUCCUCGGGGCUGGCCCGGUGCUAGAGGCCUUUGGCAACGCAAGGACUGCAGAGAAUAACAACUCCAGUCGCUUUGGGAAAUUCAUCCAGCUCAACUAUCUGGAGAGUGGUGUCAUCAGAGGGGCAGUUAUUGAGAAGUACCUACUAGAAAAGUGCCGCCUGGUGUCCAGAGAUCAAAGGGAGAGGAACUUCCACGUGUUUUACUAUCUGCUGGUGGGUGCGUCCAAAGACGAGCAGGAGGAGUUUCAUCUGUUAAAGCCGCAAGACUAUCUCUACCUCAAGCAGGAAGACUUCCAUUUAGACGAGGAGGAGAAACUUGGGCAGGAGUACGAGAGACUCCAUCAAGCUAUGGAGAUGGUUGGCUUCCUGGCCUCCACCAAGAAACACAUAUUUUCCAUCCUGUCUGCCAUCCUGCACCUGGGCAAUGUGACGUACACACUGUCAGAGGACACGGAGGUCCUGGAGGUUGGACCUGCUGAAGUUUUGUCCACACUGUCUGACCUGCUCAAAGUGAAAAAGGAGCUACUGGUGAAGACUUUGACCAAGAGGACAGUAGUGACCACCAACGCCACCGUAGUUUCACCGUACACACUACAAGAGGCCCCCACAGUGCGGGACUCCAUGGCCAAGUCUUUAUACAGUGCUCUGUUUGACUGGAUCAUCCUUCACAUCAACCACGCAAUGCUCAAUAGACGAGACAUGGAGGAGUCAGUCUCUUGUUUGUCCAUCGGUGUCCUGGAUAUGUUUGGAUUUGAGAACCUCCAGAUGAACAGCUUUGAGCAGCUGUGCAUUAACUACACCAACGAGAAACUGCAGUAUUACAUCAACCAGCACAUCUUCGAGCUUGAGCAAGAAGAUUAUGUGUCAGAGGGCAUCACCUGGCAAGACAUCAACUACACUGACAACAGCGACUGCAUUCAGCUGAUCAGCAAGAAGUCAACCGGACUCUUCGACCUGCUGGAUGAGGAGAGCAACCUCCCUCAGGCCACAGAUGAAACCCUGUUGGACAAGUUGAAGCAGCAGCAUCAGGACAACCUGUUCUUUGUACCCUCCUCAAAUACAGAGCCGACUUUUGUCAUUCAACACUUUGCUGGACGGGUUAAAUAUCACAUCAAGGAUUUCCGGCAGAAAAACACGGAGCACAUGCAGCCUGAAGUCAUCUCACUUCUACGGAGCAGUGAGCGGGCGUUCGUGCAUCACUUGGUUGCAUCCAGUCCAGAAGCUCUGUUCAGAUGGGGAGUCCUUCGAGCCACAAUCCGCAUCCUCACAGUAUUCAAGAACUUGGGACGCCAGCGGGCAGAGUCGUUAUCUGCCAGACGAGGUUCCCGCAAGACCCUCAGAGAGAUGAAACGGCACAGCAGCACUGUGGACAGACUGUCCAGCAACAGCAUGACUCUGGAUUUCUCCUUUGAUCGCUCUGAUGAACAUCCUCUGGAUGUAUUUGAAGACAUCUUUGUCAAUUACGAGAAGAGAAAGAAAAGUCGCAGCGGUCGAGGGAAGCAGCUUAUUCCAAAGAACCUCAUGGAUUUGCAGUCCCUCCGACAUAUUGUUGGUAACGCCAGCCAUGACCGAACCAGCAAAAUAAUUUUCCACCCUCAUCGGACAACAAAGCCACCAACAGCUGCCACUCAGUUUCAGGCCUCACUCGGAAGGCUGAUGGAGACAAUCGAAAAAGCCGAGCCAUUCUUUAUUUUCUGUGUUCGCUCUAACGCUGAAAAGAAAGAGCUGCACUUCGAUGAAGAACUUGUGCUACAGCAAAUCAGACACAUGGGCUUACUGCAGAUGGUUCACAUCCAGAAGUCUGGCUACAGCGCCAAAUACACAUUCAAGGAAUUUGUUGAGAAGUUCAGAGUGUUGCUUCCAAAAGGAGCUACAGCAAUGCCAGAGCACAUAACGGAGCUGUUUGAGAAGAUGGAGCUGGAUAAGACCACCUAUCAGAUAGGAAAGACCAAGGUUUUCCUCAAGGAGAAGGAGAGGCAACAGCUCCAAGACACUCUUAACAAAGAAGUGAUGCGUCACAUCAUCAUCCUGCAGCGCUGGUUCCGUGCCUGUCUGAUGAGGAUGCUCUACCUGCAAAAAAGAGAUGCCACUAUGGUCAUACAGAGGAGCUGGCGUGAGUUUUAUGAGAAACAAAACCGAGCUGCUACGGUGAUCCAGACAGCAUGGAGGAUUUCCUUGAAGAAGUCAAACCGCGAACAUGGGACGGAGGAUGGUGAGGACACGUCCCAAACCCGACCUGGACGGGACAGCUUGUCAAAAAAGGAGUUAAGAAGACAGCACAAAGUGGAGCUCAGCCCCAACAGGUCCAGGAGCAGGGAGAAGGGAGAGGGCAGAGUAUCCCCUCCCCCUCUCAGCAGACCCUUCUCCGUUCCACUUGACCCUAAAGUGGACAGUGAUGACGGCUCCGCCAGCCCCUCCAAGAGCAGCUCGCUUCAGCGCUACCAAGACAUGGGGGGCAUCAAGGAGAAGGCCGAGAAGUGGAGGGAAAGAAAGAGCGACGGUGAUCCGACAGAUGAAUCAAGUCCAGAAAUACGGCGACGACAACACAAGAAAGAUGACUUUCAGCGCAAAAUAAAGUCCAUGUCUGUUGAUGAACUGUCCAAGAUCAGCUCAUCAGGCUCUGACAGCUCGCCCUCUUCCAAUCCGGUCAGGGUGCGCCUCCGCAAGCAGCCCAAACGCAAGCGGCGCUUAGCCUACGCCCGCAGUGGUUUGAUGAUGAACUUGGGGGGCUCUAAGGAGAGCGAGUACUGGAGCUUUCCACUGCCUCCCAUCAGCCCCCAUGUGUCCAACCUGAAGGGCUCAACCAGUAGCAUGGAUGUCCGGGCCCUCAAAUCCCAGGUCAAGAUACCAUCAGAACCUGAUGGGUCAAGGUUCAGUCUUCCAGUCAGUAGAACGAAUGAGGAGUCGGAACAACAGGGAUCUAACCAGUCACAACUCACAACUCCUGAGAAGGUUUGGUUUCUCAGUAGAUUCCUGAAAAAGCGGGGGCCUAAGUAUUCCCCGGGCAGCGACUCCCCAUCAGAUAAAGCAGUCACCUUGGCCAGCUACACUCCACACAGCUAUCACAUGCCAAACCAGAGCAUUGAGAGGGCCAAUCGAAACCCGACCAUUAAAAUCAGCCGGGCCACGCGGGCGUUGCAGUGUAACACGUCUCUGGACCGUGAGAUCACCAACCCCAAUGAGCUGCGAAACCUGGACGAAUUCCUCGGCGAGCAGGUGUUAAACCUGCAAAAUAGAAUUAAAGACCUGUCGCCAACAGAGACCAUCUUCCUCAAAGCCACCGUGCACUUCAGAGACACCAUCAAAGGCAUGUACUCUGUCCAGAAGCCCCAAAUCGGCUACAAAGAUCUGAUGAAAGGCUACAGCAACAAAGUGAACACGCUUGCAGGGACCAAGAGGAAGAAGUCAGAAGUCGCGCUGGUGGUCAACUUGUUCCAGUCUGUCCUGGAUGGCUUUAUUAGGGCCGAGGUAAAACGAACGAACGAGUCUGAACCAGCCAAGUCCACCAAGAUGACAAAGAAGAGGAGGAAAAAGGAAAAAUGUCCUAACGGUCCUCUGGAUCACCUGUUCAGCACAUACCAGGUGAAUGUCAUGCAGUCAUGUGACUUGUGUGGCUCCUACAUCUGGGCAAUGGAAAAAGCCUACAUGUGCAGUGCUUGCAAGUUAAUAUGUCACAAAAAAUGCCUGAACAACGUCAUCACAGAUUGCUCAACACGGUGUGCCAGACGGGAUGACAGUGUACCCGGCUCCCUUCACUUUGGGGUAGAGGUGUGUGUCCUCACCAAUAAAGUCACCACUGUCCCUAAAGUGGUGGAGUUGCUGCUGCUGCACGUGGAGAUAAAUGGCCUCUACACAGAGGGAAUUUACCGCAAGUCGGGCUCAACCUGUCGAGCGAGGGAGCUCCACCAGAUUAUGGAGACUGAUCCUGAGAAACCAAGUUUAGACAACUACCCAAUCCACACCAUCACAGGUCUGGUUAAACGUUGGCUCAGAGAGCUGCCAGACCCCCUCAUGACUUUUUCACUCUACAACGACUUUCUGCAUGCUGUUGAGCUGCCUGAGAAAUCUGAGAGAAUAAAGGCUGUGUACCAAAAGGUUGAAGAACUUCCUCCUGCUAAUUUCAACACAUUAGAGCGGCUCAUCUUCCACCUCGUCAGGGUUGCAAAGGAGGAAGAGCACAAUAAGAUGUCACCGAGCUCUCUUGCUAUUGUGUUUGCCCCCUGCAUCCUGCGUCCAAAGGACAGUGACGAUCCCUUCCUUGGUAUGAAGGAUGUGUCCAAGACUACCAAGUGUGUGGAGAUCCUAAUCACUGAGCAGCUCAGACGUUACAACGAAAAGAUGCAGAAUAUCCAGGAGCUGGAAUUUGCAGAGGCCAUAGCUGUCAAUCAGCUCAAACUGAGGAGACAAAACACGAUUGUUGAAAAGCCGUCAGAGCUCGAUGUUUCUCAGCCAAAUUCGGAUGAAACGGAGAGGGUCCUCAUUGACAGGAUCAAGUCCAUCAAGCAAGAGAAGGUGGACUUGGCCUGCAGGUUACCCGACCUUGAGCAGGAGAACUCUGACAAUGACAACCUGGACUCGUCGUCAUCAAUGAGUUCAGAGAGUUUAGAGGAUCGCAUGGGCAGCCUGGACUCGGAAGUACCAGCAAAGGUGACCAUGCGAUUGAAAACUCAGAAACCUGAGUGCCCGCCUAAACCUCCUGACCUGGCGCAGAGAGUCAGAAGUCUGAUGGCUCAAACAAGUGAUGCACACAAAGAGUUUGCAUCAGGACGAAAGACAGAUGUUACCCAGUCCAUGUGCUUCCUGCCCAGCCUAGACAGCCCCUCCCCACUCAGCGAGCCCCAAAUCACCAGUAAGACUUUCAAAGGGAGCUUUGAUGACCUGGACAUCCCUUACAUCGACGAGGAUGAAGAUCUAACCUGCGCAUAACAUGACAAGUUGUAAUCAGUGGAAUAUUCCCAAGUAUGUGUUAAUAGUGUGUUAUGUCAAAAAAGAACUGUGCACUUUGUUUUAUAGACUUUUCCAUUUGUCAAUGCUGCUAUGGAAACAACGUGCUUCGAGAGUUAAUAUGUAUUUAAUGGGUGAUCGUAUUAAUUGUCCCUUCAGGGUUUUUAUAAGAGAUCUGGAGAAGACCCAACAGCAAGGACUCCUCGGCCUUUUUUAUAUACAAUGCUCUGUAUGUGAUUUUAAACAUAUUUCAGAAUUGUACAAUUCACAUUUUAUAAAAUGUAGGUACUCUAGUUCAGUUCUGUGAAGCUGUGUGACCAGCUGUGUCUCAUCUAUAGAGAAAAACAGGACAACAUGACGAGGAGCGACUGAGGACACAAGUGUCUCCUUUACUGAUGGACAUUAUUCUGAGCUUGACCACUAUGAUACUAAUGGGACUUUAUGGUGUUUGUGAAAAAAAGUAUUGUAAGAAUACCAAAAAGGUUCAUGAGAGAAUCAGAGUGCUUCUCCAUUGUACAGAGUGCGAACGGUGCAUAUUGGGCUCUCGUCGAGCGCACUGUUGUGAAACGUUUCAGUUCUGUUUUUCCUGUUUCUCACUUUCCUGUGGUAACUACUGCUGUGACUGACCACUGAUUCAAUACACCUGUGAGGGGAAUGGCCACAUUGCUGCCUGUUAGACUGACUGAAAAUACUUCCCUCUGUCACUUAUCUUGGUAUUGUGAGGCUGUGCAGUUCCACCACGUAAACAUUCUGUGUUUAGACUACAUGUAGGCUUUUUAAAUAUGCAUGCCUGUACAUUUUAUAUGGGGUAGGAAUAAUGCAUAUUGGGGUGAAUGUUCUCCGAGUUUGUUUUUUGUCACCAACUAAAAUAAACUGACCAUUUCCAAAUGUC